AUGGGAGACAAAGGCGAGAAGUCUGACUCGACCACAACCAAUCAACCCAUUCCCUUACACCCGGUUUACACUGUGACUGAUAUCCAGAAGAAGGUUCGUAUGCUGGACGGAUCCAAAGUCACAUAUUCUGCGUGGGUGAAGCUUUUUCACCUUCAUGCACGUGGAUAUGAGGUUUUGGACCACAUCACCUCUGAACCACCUCCCAAAGAUGACCCAAAUCAUGCUCAGUGGAUGAAAAUUGAUGCUAUUGUCCUGCAAUGGAUCUAUAGCACUUUGUCUGAAGAUUAUCUUCUUCGGGUUCUCGAAUCCGAAUCAACCGCUCUACAAGCUUGGAACCGAGUUAAAGCCAUUUUUCACAAUAAUAAAGGCCCUCGGUGUGCAGCCCUUCAGACAAAAUUUGUCAAUCUCAAACUCAGUGCCUGCCCUUCCUUGGAAGCAUACUGCCAGACUCUUCGUGAUCUUGCUGCCCAGUUGGAUGACGUGGGUAGUCCUGUGAAUGAACAAUCACUUGUUUUACAACUGGUACGGGGUCUACCUCGGGAAUAUGAUACCAUCGGCUCCAUCAUCAAUCGCGAGAUCCCGUCUUGGAAUGAAGCCUGUGAGAUGCUCCGCGGAGAUCAAGAACGACAAGCUGCAAGAGACGGCACCCCAGCUCCUUCCGAAGCACUGGCUGCCGUGAACCCCAACUCACAGCCCCGUCGUGAUGGCCAAAAUCAAACCUAUCAGCCUAGACGCGGGGACGGACCAACACGCUUCAGUUCAAACCCGGGUCGUAGGGGCCCUAGACGUGAUGGCUAUAACUCUCAACAGAACGGGGCCCAACCUGGACAGCAGCAAUACCGCCAAGGAUCUGGGUCCGGGUCCGGGUCUCGUGGUCAGGGAAACCGGAACCAAUCUCGUGGACAGUCACCAUGGGCCCAACAUCCACCUCAAACAUAUCAGCCCACUCCACCUUUCUGGCCCGCGCCGUAUUGGACCACACCACCGCCACCUUGUCCUUACCCUACCCAGCCGGGUUGGGCCUCGCCAUGGCCCAUGCAGUCUCCAAACGGCCCGCAGCAGCCCACUACUCAUGAACAGUCCUCCGCUCAGGCUCACAUGACUGAUGUGAACCCCCUGGAACCCACUGAACUUGCAGAGGCCUUUCAAGCUAUGGCUCUAGAUCCUGAAAACCCACAAUGGUUCAUGGAUACUGGUGCUACGAAUCAUCUCACUGCGGACUCAGACUCGUACCGUUUUUUGUGA